AACAGACAAACAUUCAAACUACACGUCGAUCAUCGCAUCGCACCACACGGCCUGCCUGAAUAAUCCGUCCGUCCACCGACCGCCAAUGGCGCAGAUGGAGCGCGAGCACCUCAGCGUGGUCAUGUUCCCGUGGCUCGCGCACGGCCACGUCACCCCGUACCUGGAGCUGGCCAGGCGCCUCACCUCCGCCAACGACGCCGACAUCGACGUGACCGUCCACCUCGUCUCCACGCCCGUCAACCUGUCGGCGAUCGCGCGGCACCAGACCCCUCGGAUCCGCUUCGCGGAGCUCCACCUCCCGGCGGCGCCGGACCUGCCGCCCGAGCUGCACACCACCAAGCACCUGCCCGCGCGCCUCAUGCCGGCGCUCAAGCGCGCGUGCGACCUCGCCGCGCCGCGCUUCGGCGCGCUGCUGGACGAGAUCCGCCCGGACCUCCUCCUCUUCGACUUCCUCUACCCGUGGGCGCCGCUCGAGGCCGCCGCGCGCGGCGUGCCCGCGGCGCACCUCAGCACCUUCAGCGCCGCCGCCACCUCCUUCGUCGUGCACUGCCUAGGCCGCGGCCGCCGCGAAGGCUGCGCGUUCCCGUUCCGAGGCGUCGGGUUCGGCAGCGCCGAGGAGGAGGCCAAGUACAUGGCGCAGUACAUCCUCCGCGAGGAGCUCCCCGACGCCCUCGUCCCCGAGCGCAACCGCCUGCUGCUCAGCCUCGCGCGCUCCUCGGCCUUCGUGGCCGUCAAGACGUGCGCCGACGUCGAGCGCCCGUACAUGGACUACCUGUCCGAGCUCGUGGGCGGCAACAAGGAGAUGGUCCCCGUCGGCCCGCUGCUCGUCGACGCCGACGCCGCCGCCGCCGCCGCCGGAGGCGGCACGUCGUCGGAGUCCGAGUCAGACCGCGUGAUGCGCUGGCUCGACGCCCAGACCCCGGCCUCCGUCGUGCUCGUCUGCUUCGGCAGCGAGUACUUCAUGUCGGAGCAGCAGCUGGCGCGGAUGGCGCGCGGCCUGGAGCUCAGCGGCGAGCGCUUCGUGUGGGUGGUGCGGUUCCCCAGGGAGACAGAGGAGGGCGACGAAGCUGCGCGCGCGCUGCCCCGCGGGUUCGCCCCGGCGCCCGGGCGCGGGCUGGUGGUGGAGGGGUGGGCGCCGCAGCGCCGCAUCCUGGCGCACCCGGCCUGCGGCGCGUUCCUGUCGCACUGCGGGUGGAGCUCCGUGCUGGAGUCCCUGGCGGCGGGAGUGCCGAUCGUGGCGCUGCCGCUGCACAUCGAUCAACCGCUGGACGCCAACCUGGCCACGGAGCUGGGCGCCGCCGUGCGCGUGCAGCAGGAGCGGUUCGGCGAGUUCCGGGCCGAGGACGUGGCGCGCGCUGUGCGGAGAGCCAUGCGCGGGGAGGAGAGCCACGCGCUCAGGCGCCGCGCCGCGGAGCUGCGGGAGGUGGUGGCGCGGAACGACGCGGACGACGCCCAGGUUGCCGCGCUCGUGCAGCGCAUGGCGAGGCUCUGCGGCAAGGGACAGCAGCGAGUGGCCGUGCCCAACUGAAUUCCCUUGCGCUCUUUGCUGUUCCAAAUUCCAAUAAAUCUGCCUGCGCAUGGCAGCAUGGGCUUCUUCUUCUUCCUGCUGUAGAUUCAAAAGCCCACCAAUGUAGGAACUGGUAAAUUUUUCUAUUGGGCCUUUCGGCGGCCUAGUCUCGUGUCAGUUAUGACUUCCCAGAAAAUAUAUAUACUUGUUUGGAACCGAAA